GUGAAAGUAUCGGUACUUGUAUGAUAUUCAUAAGCACAAAAUAUGGCACGUAUCGUUCCAGACCAAAAAACCAAGUUUGAGACGGACGAAUUAUUCCGAAAAUUAUCAAAAAAAUCUGAGAUACGAUAUACAGGUUAUCGAGAUCGAGGACACGAAGAAAGAGUUGUUCGUUUCCAAACUGAAUGUUUUGAAGGAAGAUGCAGUGUGGCAUUUAUAUCAUCGGGAACUAAUUUGCUUUUGUUUUUGGGCCCGCAGUCAAAAGAAAAGAAAAGUAUGAUUCCAUCAAAAGAAUUUAUGGAUUUUGAUAAAGAAUUGGGAAAGGUUCACCUGAAAAGUUGUUUUGUUAUGAACGGAGUAUCUGUUAAAUUUCGAGGAUGUAUUGAUUUACAAAAGCUUGAUGGCACCGGGUACUUAGAGUAUGAUGAUUACAAUGCAAAGAUUGAAGAUACAAUAUUGAGAGAUGCUGUCAACCAAUCUAUAAUAAGGCAACAAAAUUUUGAAGAAAGACAGUUAAGAAUUAAACAGGAGUUGAUGGAUACUGAGUCAAUAUUUCAAGGUACGCCGUGCCAUGGAGCAGUAUUUGGGUAAGAGAAUAGUAUCUUGAAUGAAAAUAUAUGGAACUUGAAACUCACGAAUUUGUUCAUUACGAAUUAUCGUAAAACUGGGCGAAUAACAUUGCUGUUUUGAUACUUUAAUUUAUUUAAAUAUAAUAUUUUUUUU